AUGAGAAAGGCGGAGAAUUCUCCUAAAAGUUAUCCUUACGUGAAGCCUACUGUUGAAGUGAAAGAUUCUGUUCCUAAUAAAACAGUAGAAGUGAAGGAAAAACAAACAUCCAACUCAGAUUGGCCAGCAGAACUAGACUUAGAAAGGACAUCAGAGGAAGAGCAAAAAAGACUUGAUGAAAGUGAAAAUAACCACCUAAAGAUUAAUGAAGAAAAGAAGAGACACCAAAGUAAUGAGACGGCAGUAUUAGAAAACCUGUAUGCUGUCGCUGCUGCUGCUGCUAGACUAAUUCAACAAAGAGAGAGUGGGAAAACUGAAAACCACCUCUUUCCUGUUGGGAAAAAGGAAGAUGCUGAUGGUAGUGAUCCUGGUUUGCAUAUGAAGGAAGUAAGGAAAGAUGAAAAUGAAAAAUGGACAUCAGAAGUAUCUGUGAUUACACCAGGGCUUGAGAAGGCUGAUUCCCUACCUUCUCGUCCAGUACAUGUGAAUGAUGACAGCACUUCAAGUGAAAUGGAUCAGGAUGAAGUAAGACCUGCAAAGAAAACAUCUCAUGAAAAGAAAGAGGUCAAAAAGCAAAUUAAUUUUAUGGAUGACCUUGACUUAACUGAGUCAUCUGGAACAGCUUCAGAGGAUUCCAAGUUGCCUUGCUCUAAUUAUGUGAGUUGCAAGUCGCUAAUUGUACAAGUUGGCCAGGAUCGUAAAG